AUGUCAAAUGUCAACAAUAUAAAAUCAAAGAACGUGACAUGCAGAAAAUUGUUUAUUUUAUCUAGAAACAGACAAAACAACGUUUUGUAGGUGUUGCCGUGACGUUUACCGGGUUAUUCGUUUGUUACUGUUAUUAUUAAAAAAGCCUCAAAAUGAGUUGUCCAAUAAGUAAAGAAGCUGUUGACAAAUUGAAACAAUUUAUCUCUAUCUGUAAAACAACUCCUGACAUAAUUCAUAUUCCGGAACUAAGUUUUUUCAAAGAUUAUUUGGAAUCAUUAGGAGCCAAACUUCCGGAAUCAAAAAAGAUGCCUUCAUCUUCUGGAGUUAAAGCGGAACCGGCAGAAGUUCAUGAUGAACCUAUAGAAGACGAAGCGAUUGCGUCAGAUCCUGAAUCUGUGUUAGAAUUUGAUAUGACUGGUUGUGUAGAACCAGACAAAUUGGAUGAUGAUCAGAAAAUGGGAGAUCCUACUAAAGAAAUAACCGAAGAAAUGUCCGAUAAGGCGGAUGAAUUAAGAAUUCAAGCGAUGUCUCAAUUAUCUGAAGGUAAUACAGAAAAAGCCAUAGAGUUGUUUACUGAAGCUAUACAAAAUAAUCCAAGCAGUGCUUUACUAUUUGCAAAACGAGGUCAAGCAUAUUUAAAAUUAACUAGACCAAACGCUUGUAUUAGAGAUUGUACAAGAGCCUUAGAAUUAAAUUGCGAUUCAGCUCCAGCAUAUAAAUUCAGGGGAAGAGCUUAUAGAUUAUUAGGUGAAUGGGAGCUUGCUGCUAAAGACUUGAGACAGGCCUGUAACAUUGACUUUGAUGAACAAACAGAUGAAUGGUUGAAAGAAGUCACACCAAACGCUAAGAGAAUUGAAGAACAUUUAUUAAAAAAAGAGCGAAGAAAGAAAGAUAAAGAAGAAAGAGAAAGACUUGAUAGAAUAAGAAAAGCUAGAGAAGCUCAUGCUAAGGCUGCAGCUAAAGAAGAAAAGGAAGAAACUAGUGAAGCCGGUGAUGGUGGAGACUUUUACAAAUUAUUACAAGAUCCUGAAAUAAUGGCAGCAUUUCAAGAUCCAGAAGUUGCAGCUGCUUUCAAAGAUAUUUCUAUGAAUCCAGGGAAUUUUAUGAAAUACCAGUCUAAUCCCAAAGUUAUGAAUCUGGUUUCAAAACUUUCAAGCAAAAUUUCUGGAUCUGGAAUGAAUUUUCCGGGUUUUUCCGGAGCUGGUUUCCCUGGCGCUGGUUUUCCUGGAGCUGGAGGUGCUGGUUUUCCAGGUUUUCCUGGUGGUUUUCCAGGUGCUGGUACAGGAACAACGCCAAAACCAGACCAUGUACAACCCGAUGAUGAUAAUUUAGAUUAAAUUAUUUUUUUAUUGGUGGUUGAAAUAACUGUGACUUUUUAAAGGAUGCGUGUGUUUUUUACAUUUUUUUAUAUAGAUGGCAAUAAUUCUAACGUUUAUAUGGGAAAAAUAUCGCAGUUUUAUGUAGGAUCUUUAAUUUUGUGCAAUCUUGUUAAAAAAAUACAUGUAUCCAUAUUAUUUACAAAGGAUUAACAAAUUUUGUUUUAAGUAUAUUAGGUUUUAGUUGGAGAAAUGGCUUAGUCACAUUUUUUCAAACCGCCAAUUGCUUACUUUUCUUUUAAGUCGAGUGAAUAAAUCAUAUAAGGCUGAUGUUAUCACAUCCAGUUAGUUAUUAAUGGAGUGACACAAUUUGGUUAAAUUUUGUUGAAUUAUAAAUUUAGGCAUUAUAUAA